AUGAACAUUUUAUGUGCAUUUGCUCAAUAUGACAAUACUCCUUCCUCAUACGACGAUUCUUCUUCUCCUUCAAUAGACAAUACUCCUCCUCCAAUGGAUAAUACUCCUCCUCAAUAUGACAAUUCUUCUCCUCCUCAAAUGAACAAUACUCCUCAAAUGAAUAAUACUUCUCCUCAAAUGAAUAAUACUUCUCCUCAAAUGAAUAAUACUUCUCCUCAGAAUUAUACUUCUCGCUUUCCAGUCACACAAGAUGGUACAUGUGGUAAUAAUACUGGUAAUAUUACUUAUUCAUGUAGACCCUACGAUUGUUGUUCGUUUAAGGGUUUUUGCGGUGGUACAACAGCACAUUGUGGAACAGGAUGUCAAACAGAUUAUGGUGAUUGUGGUAUUCCAAAUGAUGGUUUAAAACUUAUUGAAACAUGCAAGUUUAAUAAAACUUUGGCAUUUACUUUUGAUGAUGGUCCACAUGAGUUUACUUCGCAGUUGCUCGAUAUCUUAAAAGAAGCCGAUAUAAAAGCUACUUUCUUCGUCAACGGUCAUAAUCAAGCCCAAUAUUGUAUAUACGACUUUGCUGAUAUCUUAAAACGAAUAUUCAAAGAAGGCCAUCAAAUCUGUCAUCACACAUGGUCACAUACUCAUUUGGGUACUGAAUCCGAUGAAAGUAUCGAUUUUCAAAUUAAACAUUUAAAUAAAGCAUUUGAAAGAAUUCUUGGUAUAUUCCCAAAAUGUUUCCGAAACCCAUUUGGAGAAGCUACUAUUCACCCUCGAGUAAGAAAAAAUUUAUUAGAUGCUGGAUAUGAAGAAAUUAUUCUUUGGGAUGUUGAUACCAGAGAUUGGGCUACCAAUAAUGUAACAUCUAUAAUAGAAAUUUUUCCAAGUCAAAUUAAUGAUACGCUACAUCACAUAGUAUUAAAUCAUGAUAGAAUUAAUACUACUGUUACUGAUUUUGUUCCAGCUGCUAUAAAAAUAGCAAGAGAAUUUGGUUAUAAAUUUGAUACUGUUUAUGGAUGUAAUGGAAAACGUAAUAAAGAUGAUUGGUAUACGUAUAAGGGAAAACCUCAAGAAAGAGAUAAUAAUACGUGGCAUUGUGAUCUAAAAGAUAUUGGUGAUGGUCAAUUAUAA